GCGGCGAAAAAUGUUUUUAAGAAAACUGUCAAAAAAGUUCAAGCAAUAAGAAUUAUGGAUAACGUAACAAGUUCUUCUUUGUUACAUCUGAUCCAUAAACACCCAGAGAGGCGCACGCGGAGGGAAAUCGAUUUUUUCCUACCUGCUUUUAUGAUGAAAACAGACUGUUUGCGAGAUGUGGAAAGAGACGUAGCAGCAGAGAUUCUGAAAUACAGUGAACAUUUACACGUUAACAAAGGAACUGUUAUCGUUACCCAGGGAGAAGAGGGAAGCAAGUUCUACGUUGUAAUAAAAGGUUCCGUUAGUGUAUAUGUCAAAGAAAAGAACUUGAAAGGGAGGAAAAGGAAAUCUAUUGUAGUAGAAUUACCCAGCAUACAUAGUACAGCCAGCACUGAUAUUCUCAAAAAGGAUCCUCAUAGCUGUCAUAGCCGAAGUCACGCGAAAGACGAGAACAACGACCGGGCGGAUCCAAUGGAAGAAUUGUAUGGACCCAAAGUCAACGUCUUAUUACCAGGACACUCGUUUGGUGAGUUAGCCCUGCUGGGGAACAUUGUACGGAACGCUACCAUCAUCGCAGAGGAGGCGGUAGAUCUUCUGGUCAUUGACAGGGAGCUCUUUGAAACAACUAUUUCGGCACAUCAAUCCAAAGAGUUAGAUGCCAAGAGACUGUUUGUAAGGACCCAUCCGUUCUUUGCAAAAUGGUCGCACGUCCACCAGGAGCAUUUAGUGGCUGCUCUGAAAAGGCGGAUUGUUUACCCAGGCCAAUGUGCCUUCCGACAAGGAUCUGAGGUCAAAGGUCUUCAUUUUCUCGUCACAGGAAAAGCUCGAUUAUCCGUCAUUCCAGACUUACAUAAAAAGCAAUACCCGGAACUUUUCCAUGCGGCAGAGAUGAGCAAGAAACAUCCAAUUGAUUUCGAACACCAAGUGGCAAAGAAUUCAAAUCUACCCAGCAUUCAAAGGAACCAAAAUAAACACAUGGCGGAACUAGCGUCCAUCAAAAGAACAGACGGUUACGCAGCCGCAGAACGCUUCGUUGCAAGUCGUAAAGUAGAGCUGUGCCACAUUGAAGGAGGGGACAUAAUCCACGAUCUCGAGAUCAUACUGAACCUUCCAAAGUCCUUAUUUCGCGUUUUCUGUUCGACUGAGUGCGAGAUUUACUCAAUAAGUACAAAUCAAAUUGAUCGUCUUAUCACUAAACGACACGCUAAUGUCCUGACUUUACUCAAAACCCGCGCAGAAGCCAAGCUUGCAGCUCGAGUAUCAUCCAUUCCAGGAAAGAAAAUCGAUAUUCUUCCGCUCCUGCUAUUGCAGUUGAGAUUCGUUCGAAUUUUCAAGGAAAAAGACUCGGAAAAACACGAGGAGUCCGCAACCAUUCACAGAAUGCCAUUGUCUGAGUGCCUGAACAUUAGUGGAUAUGAAUACCAGGAGUACAGUCCGAACGAAGGAGUGGUAGAGCCUAUAGUUCAUAGGUCAGAUGUUCCUAAAUACGUUCUAGAAGGACCGGAUUACUACCGGAAGUUGAUGCGAAAGCGACAACAGGAAAGAGUGGAGCUGAGAAAACGAUACCCGAAUCAGAUAACUGAAUGUAAGUCGAUCAGCAACGAAAUGAAAGUCAUGAUUCUGAAUAGCGUCAAGCAGCGUCACCUAGUGGAGAAAAUCAUGAAGCGAUAUUCUCUGGGGUGGACGAUGGAAGGGCCCUGGGUGACGCGAUGGAAGUGAUUAAUCAAGAUGACGCAACGAAAGUUACGCCUUGAGUAUAAUGGUUACAUUAAAUGCACCAUACUAGAAGAUAAUAUACUGAAUAGUAAUGCCUCAUCUUGCCGCAAUGCGAUAAAUGUACUAGGUAUAUAAAAUAUAUGAUAUAGAAAUUAAUGAUAAACAAAUAAAGAAAUCUGACAUAUA